AACAAACUGAGCGUUGUCAGUUGAGGUUGCCUUGUUGAGAGAGCACGGCGCACCAGAAGUGACAGGCGUGGAGCACUGCUGUAUCUCCGCUAAUCCAAGGCGCCAAGAAGACCGUUAGAGGAGUGCUAAUUGUCUUGUAAUUGGGUAGCAAGAUUAUUUUUUCUUCACUGAAAUAUGAAGGCUAUAAUUUUGUUCAUGUUGGUGGUGAUUCUGGCGGAGAAAGCUUCUGGGGAUGCGUUGCUCCCUGAGAGAUCCUAUAGAAUCCUCAUGCUUCUCCCUGUCUCUUCACGGAGUCACAUGAACAUAUUUGUAGCUUUAGCAGAGGCUCUGGCCCAUCGUGGUCACAAGAUAAUAAUGCUCACCAAUCAGCCGAGCCAAUCUACACAUCCGAACAUCCUCGAGGUGCAUCACGGCCUGACUCACAUGGCUUUAGCAAAGCGAAAUAUGUUCCAUGAGCGGAAAAAUUCGUCCACUGGCUUCGCAGUGUUUCCAAAAAUUUUGCCCGCCAUGGCUCGGGACUUGUACAAGGUGCCAUCUGUUCAAGAUUUAUAUGAAAAAAGGAAAGAAAAUGAUCUUCUAGUAGUGGACCACAUGUUCAACGAGCCGUUAUCUUGUUCCCAGAUAGUGUAUCCGUUCCUGCACGAGCUGCCCUUCAUCACUGUCGCCGUGCCGGGAAUAGACACCCGCCACAGUGCCGUCUUGGGCAACGUCCUAAAUCCUUCCUACGUGCCGAACCUUUGGACCAGCUAUCCUUUCCCCAUGUCUUUGUGGCAGCGGCUCAAGAACACCGCCUUGCACAUUUGGAUAUCUUUCUACUGGAGGCACUGGGGCGUUGUUCCACGAAUUCAGAAGGAGAUCUCGGUCCAUUUCCCUGACCUACCGCCCUUGCUGGACAUUGAGAGGAACCAGAGUCUGACACUGAUGAACACUCACUUCAGCAUUACCACGCCGGUGCCCCUCCUGCCCUCACAGGUGGAGGUGGGCGCAAUACAAUGCCGCCUUGCCAAGCCUCUGCCGCAAGACAUCGAAUCGUGGAUCGCAGGAGCUGGCCCUGCAGGUGUCAUUUACUUCAGUCUGGGUUCUCUUACGCGUGGCGAUUCUAUGCUGCCUGAAUAUCUCCAAGUCUUCUUAGAAGCUUUCCGCAGACUGCCGCAGCGGAUCCUGUGGAAGUACGAGGAGCAGCUGGAGGGGGCAUCUGACAAUGUCAGGAUCAGCAGCUGGCUACCACAGCAGGACAUCCUCGCUCAUCACAACGUGAAAGUGUUCAUCUCCCAUGGCGGCCUCCUCAGCCUUCAGGAGUCCAUCUUUCAUGCCACACCUCUCCUCGUCCUGCCCAUCUUUGGUGAUCAGCCCAGAAAUGGCAUGUUCGUGGAAGACUCGGGAAUUGGUCGUACAUUAGUGUGGGAAAAACUUACUGCUGACAGUAUCGUCGACACCCUCACUGACAUCAUCAACAACACAAAGUACAAGGAAGACGUGGACAGGAUGUCGGCGUCCUUAAGAGAUCAACCAAUGACGCCACAAGAACGUGCAGUGUUCUGGACGGAGUACGUGAUUCGCCACCGAGGGGCGCCCCAGCUGAGGUGCCCCGCUGCUCAGCUCUCUUGGGUGGAGUUCCUAAUGCUGGACAUGAUGGGUCUCCUGCUGCUGACCCUGCUGGUGCUGCUGCUUCUCAUCCGCCGACUCUUGAGGGGAAUAUCUGCCAUUCUUCCCAUCGGCAGUUGCAAGAAAAAGAGAGAUUGACUUGUCGAAAAAUAUGAAAAAAACAAUUAUAAUGAAAUAAACAUUUUAAUGUUUAGCAUGAAAAGUUAAUUAAUUAUGUGUCUGAUUGUCUUUAAUAUAUUAUGUUCUUUUUAA